UAUAGACAUGACCAAGACUACAAUAUAGAAUGCACCUAUUAGUCCAAUCAAAUAAUAUAAAAAGACACAUCAUUCAUUGCCAGUAAAGCAGGUGUUUUUAUUGUAGUGUUAACUUAAACUGAAAUUAAAUUAUUGUAACAUAUAUGAUCUUAGCAUAAUUUAUACGUUUAUUGAGUUUGAUAAAUAAUUGAUAACCAUAAGCUGGCGUAGUUGUUACGAAUAUUAGUGAGAAGUCACUUGAAAACAUUGUGAUAUGGUGAUAAUAAUGGCAUAUCGAGUUUUAUUAGUAUUUAUUUUCGCUAUAUGUGUAAAAACCGAGGAAGAGGCAUCAACGUCUCGUAUGUCUAAAGCAGAAAGACAGAGCUUGAGAGAAGAAGCUAGGAGCAUGUUCUAUCAUGCAUAUGAUGCAUACAUGUAUAAUGCAUAUCCUGCUGAUGAAUUAAUGCCUCUCAGUUGCAAAGGAAGAUGGAGAGGGGUGACACCAAGUCGUGGUGAUAUGGAUGAUGUUCUUGGCAAUUUCUCUCUUACACUCGUGGACAGUUUGGAUUCUUUGGUGGUGUUAGGAGACUUUUCAGAGUUUAGUAACGCCAUUAAACUCGUCAUUAGGGAUGUGACAUUCGAUCAUGACAUCGUGGUGUCGGUUUUCGAAACCAAUAUUCGAAUGCUGGGCGGUUUGCUGUCAGCUCACGUCCUAGCAAUGGCACUUAGAAUGGAUAUAUCAGUACUGCAUUGGUAUAAUGGUGAGUUGCUUACAAUGGCGGAAGACUUAGGAAGAAGACUCCUCCCAGCCUUCAACACAUCUACAGGAAUCCCCCACGGGAGGGUGAAUCUUCGCCAUGGCAUCAGAGGGCUAUCAGAGUCGAGGGAAACGUGCACUGCAUGUGCAGGCACUAUGAUACUGGAAAUGGCUGCGCUGUCCCGUCUCGUGGGCAAUCCUAUUUAUGAACAAAAAGCGCAUAAGGCUAUGGACAGAUUGUGGAAAAUCAGACACAGAACGUCAGAUCUGAUGGGUACUGUUAUAAAUAUUCACUCCGGGGAUUGGGUUCGGAAAGACUCUGGAGUUGGUGCCGGGAUCGACUCCUACUAUGAAUAUUGUCUCAAAGCUUAUAUUUUGCUUGGAGACGAGAAAUAUUUGGCCAGGUUUAACAGACAUUAUAAUGCAGUCAUGAAAUACAUCAGCAGAGGUCCGGUUAUGUUGGCCGUGCACAUGCACAGGCCACACUUGCAAUCGCGCAACUUCAUGGAUGCAUUGCUAGCGUUUUGGCCUGGCCUCCAGGUUCUUCUGGGAGAUGUUCGACCAGCUGUCGAAACACACGAAAUGCUCUAUCAAGUAAUGCAGAGACACACAUUCAUACCGGAGGCGUUCACGUCAGACUUUCAGGUGCACUGGGGUCAACAUCCUUUACGGCCAGAGUUCCUAGAAUCUACAUAUUUUCUUCAUCGCGCGACAGGCGAUGAUCACUAUCUUAAUGUAGGAAAAAUUGUAUUGAAAGCUUUACAACAAUACACCAGAGUGCCUUGCGGUUAUGCCGCCGUAAACGACGUAAGAACUCGAAUUCACGAAGAUAGAAUGGAUUCCUUCGUCCUCGCCGAAACUUUUAAAUACCUAUAUAUGCUUUUUGGAGAGGAUAAAGAUUUGCCUGUGAAAUUAGAAGACUACGUGUUGACUACGGAAGCUCAUUUUCUACCAUUGUCUUUGGCAACAUCGGGCCGGAAUUCAACCUUCUUUUCUCUUAAAAUUGAUGAUGAAGAUGAGGAUAAAUAUAGAAAAACAUGUCCUAGCACGACAUCGUUGAUCGCCGAGAAGGUUCGUCAACCAUUGCGUCAUUUGCUGGGUUCAUCAGCAGCACGCCCUCCAGCACGACUGCGACCCCUCAACGACCCUCGUCAAAUACACGCUCUCUCCGAUAUGGGUAUCUCAGUCCUGACAUUGCCAGAUGGAAAAGUACAAUUACUUUAUACUACAACAACGGCGAAAUCGGCAAAAGAUGCUGCAGAAGGCUUAACGUUCAUGCGGGAAAUGUCGAAGUGGAAUUCCCUGAGCGACAUAGAGAACGGUGUGGUUCCGGCAGGUGUCUAUAUUAAUGACAAAGUAAUCGCUGCCGGCCCGGGCCACUUCGGGAAAGACAUUACAGGCCCAGACCGAUAUAGUGGCAAUGUAGCGGUUGUUACGCCUCUUGAUGCCUGUACUACUGUAUUAAACACGAUUGAAGUCGAAGGUAAAUACGCAAUUGCUAAACGGGGCCAAUGCACUUUCGCACAAAAAGUUCGCAACAUGCAGGCAGCUGGUGUCAAGCUUGCGAUCAUAAUUGAUAAUAUACCGGAUUCGACACACGAAAGUACCGCUCUAUUCGCAAUGUCUGGUGACGGAAAAGAUGAUAUCGAAAUUCCAGCCGUGUUUCUCUUCUCGCAAGAGGGCCAAUACCUAUUAGAUGAAUACAAUGCUAAUCCUGAAAUUAUAGUUACUGUCGGGGAACUAAGAUCUUUAAAGAGAGAGUACGAAAACAUUUGCGAGGAAGGUAGCUGCGAGGUACUAGAAACCCCUCUCGUGACUUCAGAUAAAGAGAAUUUUGACCAUCUAAAAAAAGUGCUAAGCCAAUUAGUAACACAGUUCGAGUUGACACUUUCAAAUGAAGAAGGGACUAUUCAAAGAACUUGUAGCGAGGAGUCGGAGAAUGUUUACUUAUCAAAAGACAAUUUUGUGAGCAAUGAUAACCACGUAGAGGGCCCGGCAAAUGUGUGUUCGAUAAAUCAUGAACAAAAGAAAACUACAGUAGCAAAGAAAUACGAAUCGUUAAUAAAGAAACCGGGCGAGUUUUGACAUCAUUCCUGUUUUCAUUGUGAAUGAUAAAUUCCUAUAAACAUUGUUGUAUAUACAUACAUAAGCAUGUAUAAUAAUUUGUACAUAUUGAAAGUAAGAUAUGUAAGAAAUAUUAAUGAAUUUUGUGCCUUUUAUUAUUUGUUACUAGGUUUGUUUCAUUCGAUACAUCAUGAAAUAUACAUCUUGUUACGGAUGUUUUCAAAUAUCUACAAAAUAAAUCGACAAAUUAAUAAUAAUUAACGAUUUGUAAUUUUAUAAUAUUGCAAAAAUUGUGUACAUGUAAAGUUUUAUAUAAUAUUUAUUAUUUGUUACGUGUACCUUUUUCAAUGAGCUGUGUGUAAAAUAUAUAGGCUAAUUGUUAAAUAAGAAAAAGUUCAAAAUGUGUUCCAUUAUGCCAGUUGGCCAGUGUUUAUAUUUAUUACGAAGAGAUCCUACAUAUACAUGCAUAUUUUAUAUAGAUUAUAAAAAAAGGUGAACAAAGUAAAAUAAUUUUAUUUUCUCAUACAUUCGUAAUGCAUUACAAUAUUUGAUACUGUGA